AUGAUCGUUUUCAUCCCGCCAGCAACCGACCCAGGCUACUUCUUCCGGACUUGUGGGCAGACGGAUGCAGACCAAAGGCUUCUGCUGUUUGUCUCAGUGCAGCAGCUUGCUGACCGAGUAAUUACCGAGGACAUGUUCUGGAAGCACUUGGGCGCCACAGAGUCCAGCGAUCUUUUAGACUACGACCUCUUCGUCAGCUUCAUGCGGCCCUUCUUGGUCGCAGCUUAUCAGGGGGCUGAGCAGAGGCGGGAUGUCGCUGAAGAUAACAUGCAGGAGCGCACUGCGCAGCUGAAGGAGGUCAAGACGGAGUUUGCGGAGCUCCUGGCGUCGGUCAAGAACAAGGGCAGGGCCUUCAUGCAGCCAAAGAAAGCCUACCGCUGCCUCGGUGUACCCGGCAAGGACCGCAUCACCAAGAACGAGGUUCGCGCCUUCUUCCGCUGCUUCAACCUGGAUGGCGAGAGCGCGGAGGCUUUCUACGACCGCCUUGCCGAGGUUGGCUCUGGUGAAGUGACUCACGCCAUCUUCACCGAGGCGCUGGACGAUUGCUUUGUCCGCGAGCCUGACUAUGGUUCGUUCAGGAUUCCGAAGAAGAAGGACCUCCCCCGCGCACCCGCCACUGAGGACGAGGCAGAGGAGCCAGUUCGGAGCAAGUUCUACCAACCGGCCGAGGAGACCUUGUUCAGCUUCAAGCAGACAGUGGACGGCAAACUCCUAAAGGAACUGCGGGAGGUGAUGCGGGACAUUGGUUACAAGAUCCGGAUGAGCUACAAGCGACCUCGCGACGCCCUCCGCCCGCUGGAUCUACAGAAGGACGGCAUCAUUCGCAAGGAAGAGAUGAGGGACUUCUUCCGCGGGUUCAACAAGUCUCAGAGCUUCGCAGAUCAGGUCUUCAACCUCCUGGACCCAGCUGGGACCGGGAAGGUCGACUUCAGCGAGUUCCUGGAGCACUUCGACGAAGUACUCACCCCUGCCCAUCGGCAGGUGGAACGAGCGCCUGUCAUCGGCCUGGCAGAUCUGGGCAGGUCGAUGCAGGCGGCGACAGUAGUGAAUGCCAUGGGGCACCGCAUGCUGACGAAAUAUGCGAAUGCUCGGCAAGCCUUUCGCGACCUGGACUUGGACAAGGAUGGGAAGGUGAGUAGGAAGGAGCUGAGGUUCUUCGUCAAGAAGAUGGGCCUUUCGAUGGAAGCGGCUGAUGUGCUGUUUGAAGCCCUGAUGCCCAGCGACUUCGGAGGCCUCAUCGACCAAGACACCUUCGUCAGCCUCUUCCUCGAUUUGAAAGGUGACCUGACCACCAACAGCAAGACCAGCCUGAGGUUGCCAAAGCUUCCAUGA